AUGUCAUUUCAACUUCAGUUAGAACAAACGAACAGAGUCUUAACGAGGGCCGAAGCAGCGGCAACAGGCGUCCAACCCGGUAAUAGGCUCAUAACACCGAAGAGAGGAGGAAACGGUUGUGCCGACAGAAGGAGCGUCCAGUCGCACAAGACUCCUACAGGCGGUAGAACUGGCCAAGCUUCUGGAAUCCAAAAACACGGUCAAACGAUUCAGACCGGGUCAAAAGAAGAAGGACCUCAGGAACUUCAAGCUGUGGAGGAAGAGAUGGAUGAAUGGGGAGGGAUAGGUAGUGGAAGUGAAGAACAGAGGGAACAAGAAGAUGAACAGGAAGGUCAUGAGGAGGACACCAGUCAAAAUGGUAAGUUGAAAACAAGCCCUUCACUCACUUCCAAAAGAGUCCCCGACCUUUUCUCGCCGUUCCGUUUGCUCCCAAUCCGUAAAUCACCCAAGUUUCUCUAUUGUAUCCAAUUCAACAUUCUAUGA